GAGAAAAAGCAUGUGACGCGACAAUUGACAUGGGUCUGAAUCUUAUGGUUACCAGAAGAAUCUCCCAUUAUUCAUCUCUGUUUCCCCCAUUUCCAGCCAAACUGCCAAUCCUAGCGCUUUCAAAGAAUGUAUUGCUUGAAUUCGGGAAACGCUUUUCUUCCUCGUCACCUUUGCCUCUGGAUUUCUUGGACGAAGAAAACUAUACCGCCGGCCUUGAUGUCGAUAUGUACUAUUCUUCCCUAUUAGAUAAUUCAACCCAUAAAGCUCAUCUACUCCAAAUCCAUGCCCAGCUUAUCGUGUCCGGAUUGCAAGAGAGCAACUUCUUAGCUACCAAAUUCGUUCACGCUAGUGCAAAUAUGGGGGAAAUUCAUCAUGCCCGUGAGAUGUUCGAGAAAAUUCCCGAACCGAAUAUCUUCCUGUAUAAUUCGAUCAUAAGGGGUUAUUCUCGAAACAGUUUGUUUGCUGAUGCUCUUGAUAUGUAUUCGAGAAUGCAGUCCCGAGGGGUGAGCCCAGAUAGGUUCACACUACCUUAUGUGCUCAAAGCUUGCAGUGGACUAUCAGCCCUCGAAAUGGGUUUUCGGAUUCAUGCCCAGAUGUUCAGACAGGGGUUUGAAUCGGAUGUGUUUGUGCAGAAUGGUCUUGUGGCAUUAUAUGCCAAGUGUGGAGAGAUCAACCAGGCCAGAGUUGUGUUUGACCGAUUAUGUGAUAGAACAAUUGUUUCCUGGACUUCAAUUAUUUCUGGGUAUGCCCAGAACGGACAGCCUUUGGAAGCUUUGAGAAUUUUUAGACAGAUGAGACAGCUGGAUGUGAAACUAGACUGGAUUGCUCUCGUGAGUGUCCUUAAGGCUUACACUGAUGUCGAAGACUUAGAACAGGGGAAAUCUGUGCACAGUAUUGUCCUUAAAAUGGGGCUAGAAAUGGAACCGGACUUGCUCAUUGCACUUACAUCUAUGUAUGCGAAAUGUGGGGAAGUAACGGUUGCUAAAUCUUUGUUUGAUCAAAUGGAGAUGCCAAAUGUAAUUCUGUGGAAUGCAAUGAUAUCUGGGUUUGCAAAGAAUGGUUAUGCUGAUGAAGCUGUGGAGGUUUUUCGUAAGAUGACCUACAAGGGCAUUAAAGCAGAUUCUGUCACUGUACGUGCUGUGGUUUUAGCCUGUGCCCAAGUAGGUUCACUUGAUUUAGCACGAUGGAUGGAUGAGUACAUUGAUAGAACUGAAUACAGAAACGAUGUUUUUGUUAAUACAGCUCUUAUUGACAUGUACGCAAAAUGUGGAAGCAUAGAGUUUGCACGAAAAGUAUUUGAUUGCACUCCAGAUAAAGAUGUGGUGGUCUGGAGUGCCAUGAUUGUGGGAUAUGGCUUGCAUGGUAGAGCUCGCGAAGCCAUUGAUCUUUUCAAUUUGAUGAAGCAUGCCCAGGUGGAACCGAAUGAUGUAACCUUUCUUGGACUCCUCUUGGCAUGCAAUCAUUCAGGCCUUGUACAAGAGGGUUGGGAGUAUUUUUACCGUAUGCAACAAGACCAUGGGAUUGUGCCUCGGCAUCAACACUAUGCUUGUGUGGUUGACCUUCUUGGUCGUGCAGGGUAUUUAGAUGAGGCGUAUAAAUUCAUCACAAACAUGCCUAUUGAACCAGGUAUUACUGUAUGGGGUGCCCUCUUGAGUGCAUGCAAGAUCUAUCGCCAUGUUUCACUGGGAGAAUAUGCUGCAGAACGUGUUUUCUCAUUAGACCCAUUAAAUGCAGGGCACUAUGUGCAGCUUUCAAAUCUUUAUGCUUCAGUCAGGUUGUGGGACCGUGUAGCGAAGGUCCGAGUAAUGAUGAGAGAGAAAGGACUGUGUAAAGAUCUCGGCUAUAGUAUGAUUGAGUUCAAUGGUAAGCUUCAGGCCUUCAGGGUUGGAGACAAGUCGCACCCAAGAUCAAAGGAGAUCUUUUUGGAGCUUGAGAGGCUAGAGAGGAGGUUGAAGGAGGCUGGAUUUGUUCCAGACACAGGCUCUGUCUUGCAUGACUUGAACCAUGAAGAAAUAGAGUACACUCUUUGUAAUCACAGUGAAAGGCUAGCCAUUGCUUACGGCCUUAUCAGUACACCUCCUGCAACAACUCUUAGGAUAACAAAGAACCUCCGCGCAUGUGUUAACUGUCAUUCAGCAGCCAAGCUUAUAUCUAAGAUUGUGAACAGAGAGAUAGUUAUUCGGGAUGCAAAUAGAUUUCAUCACUUCAAGGAUGGAUUAUGCUCCUGUGGAGACUACUGGUGAGAAGGUGGGUUUAACCGUAAGUUUAUGUCAACUAUGGCGCAGCUUCAAGCCUGACAAAGCAGCUUGUAGUGUUCCAUAAGAAACAGAGAACAGAUAUCAAGUUAAGAAAAAGUGCAAUGUUUCUUUUUGUGGAAAGUUAGAUGGGA